AUGUCUUAUACCGAGGGACAACGCGUAUACUUCGCCAAGGCCAUAGACAACCAUGGCAUUGCAGAAGACAUAAACGGCUACUAUCUCAGCCCGGACCAAGUCACGUUGGCGCAGAAGUUGAAAAAUAACCCUCCGUACACGAUAACAAACAGCGAUAGCUACGCCUACGCACUCGGAUUAUACAUUCUACGAACUAAGCAGUGGAGGUCAGACUGGGAUGCGGCAAACAACAAAAUCGUACUUAGAAAGGACACAAGCCUACCAUUAGGCCAAGAUUGGGACCAGUAG